CCAACACACAAACUGCUUCUUCUAACUGCAUUUCUUGUAAUCCAAGUAAGAAAUGAGUGGCGGAUUAGGUUCCCCAUGGGUUUCGGGUCCUUUUCUUCUUCUUCACUCAGCAUCACUACCUACUUGCAGAGGUGGUGCCGUGUGUCGAUCUCGUUUCAGACCACCCAAAGACCUCAAAUUCGUCCUCCAUGACGCCCUCGAUUCUUCUGGAUUCAACACCACCUAUGCUAGGGAAGCAAGGGAGGGAUUCUGCUCGCAGAUCAAGAAGUUGUCAAAAAUAGGGAGAGAAACGAGCAUAACCAUCAACGAAGAGGUUGAUUUAGGGAAAAUAGCUCUUUAUAUAGCUGCGGAAGAUGACUCACUCAUUUCUCAUUCUUCUGUACCACUUCCUGUUGAUGCUUUUACGGGGAGAUUGGAUGGCCUUUCUACGGGUUACUGUUCACGCUACAGUUCGUCGUUUGCAUCAUCUCCUGAUAUUUUCCUUGAGUGCCUAGAGCGAUACAUGUACGUUGAUAAGGGCUUUCGUAGGACCAAGUCAAGCAACCAUAUGGAGCAUCGAGCUGUUUAUCUUCAUUCAGUUUUGACUCAUCGUGUGGGGUCAAUGUCUAUGCUUUCACUGAUAUAUUCCGAGAUCCUGAAGAAGCUACGUUUAUGGGGUCUCCUCAAAUUUGACGUUGAGGUUUCUUCCCCUAUUGAUUCUUAUGGUUCUCCAAGAGGCUAUCUCAAGCGUAAAACUACAGAGUCCGAUCAACAACAUAUUGUGACAACUGAAUUCCUGUUAUUGAAGAUCUUACGAGACUUAAAGGAUGCUUUCUGGCCAUUUCAACUUGACCAGAGUAAAAGUCCAUUCUUAAGAGCAGCAGAGGCUGCACACUGCUCUGAUAGAUCAGCCAAUGUUGACAAAAGUGGUUUGGAGCUUGCAUCUGCAAAGGCUGCUAGGCAUAGGCUAGAACGUGGUGUUUGGACCAGUGUUCGCUUUGGUGAUAUACGGCGUGCACUCUCUGCAUGUGAGCGGCUCAUCAUUCUAGAAGCUAAUUGUACAGAACUAAGAGAUUAUGGUGUUCUCUUGUAUCACUGUGGAUUCUACAAAGAAUCUUUGCAAUACCUCAAGUUAUAUCAGGAUACAGAGAAAGUGAAGCAAUCACCAGAUUUGUUAACAAAACUGGAGGAAGAAGCUGUAGACAAGUUAAUAAUUCGACUUAAUCUUAUUCUAAUGGAGGAUGAGUGGACUAGACCAUCAAUCGCAAGCUCUUUAUAUAACAACACUGAUCCUUGGUAAACAGAACAUAUAUUCCGAAAUCAUCCUACCUCACAACUUCAUGUCUUGGUGUGAAAAACUCUAUGGUUCACAUCAUAAUUGAGUGCAAAUUGAAAUACAAGCCAUCAUGACAUGCAUAUCAUCGAGUAUACGGCUAUGAAGAAUCUCUUGUGGCAGCUACUGAGCGCAAAGACGUGUCUUCAUUUGUUAUCUGUAAACGUACGGUGAGAUGUAGAGGUUGUUAUGAUUGCAUACGUGUAAAUAGUGUAUAUGCUAGUCUUAUAAACUCUUCUAAAUGGAAACCAAAUAUUCUUAUAACUCAAGUUUUACCAUGUCACUAGCUUAAAUUUUAGAAGUGCAUGUAUACAAGUUUAUUACUAAAAUUGUUGAAACUGGUUUUA